AUGGCGUCUGUCUCUGUGGAUGACCAUCAUGAAAUAUUGAUCAACGAUGGAGAUGAUACGGAACGGAUAGAAGGAAAACAAAAACAAACGUUUCUUCAAUUACUAUCAAAAGCCAUUCCAACAAAUUUCAUAUCACGAUGCUGGGGCAAUAUUGGUAGUACAGAAAUUCAUCCAGAAUUACUCAGACCUCUCAUCUACAAUGUUUACGGGUGGAUGUAUUCCGUAAAUAUGCAAGAAAUUGAAAAACCUCUCGAGGAAUACUCAAGUAUUCAAGACUUUUUCUCCCGAAAGCUAAAGCCUUCAGCAAGACCGUCAUUGAGUGUACAACACAAGAGAAAGACGCUGCAAAAAUUUGAUUUGGAUGAAACAGAGGUGAACGAGGCAGAACGAGACUAUCUUCACGCUGAGAUGGUGAGCCCAGUGGAUGGAACGGUAGCUCGAUUUGGUACUCUCUGUGUGGAAUUAGAUGAAUUGGAUGAAACCUAUGAACAUGUUUUCUUACCACAAGUCAAAGGAAUUACUUAUUCCAUGCAAGAGCUUUUACAAAAAGAAAAGACUACUAACACACGGUCAAGUCAGUAUUUUGACCAUUAUCAAAUUCCAACAUCAAACAACAGAGGUGGUUAUUGUAAACAAACAGAUGAUGAAAUUAUUGUUGGUGAUGAUUUUACGGAGCCAAUCAUUGACAAUGUUAUCUCACAAGAUGACAUUGCCUCAACGCCGCAAAGCACAAAACAGAAAAAGAAAUUGCACUACUGUGUAUUAUACUUGGCACCAGGAGACUACCACCGGUUUCACAGUCCAUGUGACAUGACCAUUGAAUCACGAAAACAUAUUUAUGGAAAACUAUACCCUGUAAUGCCCUUAUAUCUCAAUAGAUAUCCCAACUUGUUUACUCAAAACGAAAGAGUUGUUUUAAACGGAAAAUGGGCUUACGGAAAUAUGCAUUAUGUCAUUGUGGGAGCUUUAAAUGUGGGAUCAUUUGUUGUGAAUUUUGAUAAUUCGUUACGAACCAACGUAAAACGGCCAAGAAAAAAGAAGACUCAAAAUCCUUCAACUACCAUCCCUCAACGGUCGUCUGAAAAAGUUGAUACUUUGGAUAAAAAGACAAAAGAAGAACAUAUCAAAGAUCCUGAACAAGGAGAAGAGAUUGUGGUGCUCUCACGAAACUAUGUGCAGGGUGGUCUCUCUAUCGAAAAAGGAGAGGAAAUGGGAUACUUCAAGCUUGGAAGCACAAUUAUACUUAUUUUUGAAAGCAAUGAAGAAGAUAACCUUGCUUUCAAUAUUCACAAAGGCCAAAAAGUUAAAUUAGGUGACGUAAUUCUUGUAAAGAAAAACAAAAACCAUUAA